CCUGAGGAAGCGCCCCUGGCAGUGUAGUAAGAGUGAAGCGCCUCCUGUGCUAUUUCCCCUCCUCUCCAUCCCUUUACGCCGAACCAGAACCAUUCAUCUCUCCCCUCCUUCAGGCUUCACAUCCGGGUCAUCCGCCAGGAUCUGUCUCUUGCGUCUGUGUGUCUGACAGAGUGAUAAUUAUUUCAAUCCGCUGCCGUGCUGUACUGCAGCUCUCUGCCCGACUGCGCGGCUCGCCGAGCGGACACUGCGCCAGCGUGCACCGGUGAUGAUGGAGCCACGAGCGCCGUGAAGCUGCAGCCGCUCGCACAAAAGGCAGAGAUGAGACGGUAGGAGGCUUUUGCAGGGGCUAGCCCGCGGUGAUUAACUCGCCCUAACGAUGUCGAAGAGUCUCAAGAAGAAAAACCACUGGACCAACAAAGUCCACGAAGCGGUGAUAACCCGGGGGAAAGAAGGCGAGCUGGGGUUCGAGCAAGGGGGCGCGGAGAACGGCCAGUUCCCCUACUUCGGCGAGGUGAAGCAGGGGAAGGGGCUGAUCCAGAGCGGCAAACUGGCCCAGGAUGAACUGCUGCUGGAGGUCAACGACAUGCCAGUAGCCGGGCUCACUACCCGGGACGUGCUGGCCGUGAUCAAACACUGCAAAGACCCGGUCCGCUUCAAAUGUGUCAAGCAAGGGGGGGUGGUUGACAAGGAUUUGCGGCACUACCUCAACCUGCGCUUCUCCAAGGGCUCAGUGGACCACGACCACCAGCAAAUCAUCAGAGACAACCUCUACCUCCGCACUGUUCCCUGUACCACCAGGCAACCUAAGGAGGGGGAGGUGCCAGGGGUGGACUACAACUUUGUGAGUGUGGAGCGUUUUAUGGAAUUGGAGCAAAGUGGAGCCCUGCUAGAGAGUGGAACCUAUGAAGAUAACUUCUACGGCACACCGAAACCUCCAGCCGAGCCGUCCCCGGCAGCCCCUCCUCUGAAUGUGAGUGAGGCCCUGCUGCCCGGAGCCCGGCCAAGCGCCCAGGGCAAGAGAAAGAGGAACCAGUCAGUCAGCAACAUGGAGCAGCGCGCCAGUCUGGAGCCGCCUGAGGAGGAGGAAGAGGAGAGCCCAGUUGUCAAUGGCAACGGGGUGGCCAUCACACCAGAGUCCAGUGAACAUGAGGACAAGAGCACAGAUGCCUCUGGGGAGGUUGCUGUUGAAGCGUCAAUCCAGGCCCCAGCAUCUGCUGAGCCUCCAACCGAAGAAGAGGAGGCCCCAAAAUCUCCCUGCAAGUCCCCAACCAAAGUUCUAGAUGCAGAUGAGGAAGAGCUGGGUCCCCUGCCUGAUAACUGGGAGAUGGCCUACACUGAGAAGGGGGAAGUUUACUUCAUAGAUCACAACACCAAAACGACAUCAUGGCUCGAUCCUCGGCUCGCAAAGAAAGCAAAGCCGCCAGAGGAAUGCAGGGAAGACGAGCUGCCCUACGGCUGGGAGAAGAUAGAUGACCCCAUCUACGGCAGCUACUACGUAGAUCACAUCAAUAGAAGGACUCAGUUUGAGAACCCGGUCCUGGAAGCCAAGAGACGCCUGGAGCAGCAGAGGCAGAUGCAGAGCCAGGGACUCUCUGCUCUACCCCUGCCUACAAUUUACAGAGAGAAGCCAUUGUUUACGAGGGACCCAACCCAGCUGAAGGGCACCUUCCUAUCAACAGCCCUGCAGAAGAGCAACAUGGGAUUCGGCUUUACAAUUAUAGGAGGCGACGAGCCCGACGAGUUCCUGCAAGUGAAGAGCGUAAUACCAGAUGGACCUGCUGCUCAGGAUGGAAAAAUGGACACAGGUGAUGUCAUCGUCUACAUUAAUGACAUCUGCGUGCUCGGCACCACGCACGCCGAUGUGGUCAAACUUUUCCAGUCUGUACCGAUCGGUCAGAGCGUGACCCUUGUGCUCUGUCGAGGGUAUCCCUUGCCCUUCGACCCCGAGGACCCGAGCGGCGCAGCCAGCGCUUCCCUGACGCCCAUUGGACUGGAGCACCGCCCGCUGGUGGUGAAUGGCCGCGGCAGCUAUGACCCGUACCUGGAGUACCUGUCGUUGAGCUCCCAGCUUCCUGGUCAGGCUCUGGCCCAGGCUGGAGCUUCCCAUCCCGGAGACACACAUCUGGACGGCUCAUCCCUGCCGCCCACCACGCCCGGCUCGGCAUCGGCGCUCACACCUCACAAUGACAAUGUGUCAAUGGCCUCUUCUGGGACUGGGGCUGUUGCCGGGGCAACAGCACAAGGGGCAGAGCUGCUAACAGUUACCAUGGUGAAAGGAGCAGAAGGAUUUGGGUUCACCAUCGCCGACAGUCCUACCGGUCAGCGAGUUAAACAGGUGCUAGAGCCGGGCUCACAGGGAGCAUCGGGGCUGGUAGAAGGAGACCUGAUCCUGGAGGUAAACCAGCAGUCAGUGGCUGCAGCUGGACAUGGACGAGUGGUGGAGAUGCUCAAAGAGUGUCCUGUGGGAGCAGAAGCAACACUCCUCAUACAGAGAGGAGGAACAGGCCACAUCUCUCCAUGGAAGGCCUCCAAACAGUUACCUGACCAAUGGGAUCCACACAGCAGCCCUCAAGCAAAUCUGUCUGGUCCAGUAUUGCCACCUGGUACGCCCUUCCCAAACCAGCCACAGCACCGCACUUCUGUGCCUGACUCCACCGAAGGCUUCGACCUUAACAAACCCGACCCGUAUGACCUUUAUGAGAAGUCAAGGGCCAUCUAUGAGAGCAGACGCCCGGAGUACGAAGAGGUGGAGGUGCACCUGCUGAGGGAGAAGACUGGAUUCGGCUUCCGCAUCCUGGGGGGAGACGAGGCCGUGCAGGCUAUUGUCAUUGGCGCUAUAAUAGAGAACACUCCUGCUGAGCGCGACGGGCGGCUUCGACCCGGGGAUGAGCUCAUUUCUGUGGAUAAAAAUGUGGUUGCUGGGAAACCGCACAAAUACGUAAUAGACUUGAUGCACGCAGCCGCUCGCAAUGGUCAAGUCAGCUUGACUGUGAGAAGGAGAGUGCAAAUGCCUGGUGAACCGUGUCCCGUGAACGGCCGCAGCCCCGGCUCAGUGUCCACGCAGCACAGCUCUCCACGUAGCGACGCAGCUUCGGCUUCGGGCCCUCCGGUGGUCGCUGCCACGGUUGCCACUUCGCCACCGGAGGGAUCUGCCCUGCAAACCAGCGAUGUGGUUAUUAACCGCAAGGAGAACGAGGGCUUCGGCUUUGUCAUCAUCAGCUCCCUGAACAGACCGGAAAAUGCCACCGUCAUCACUGUGCCCCAUAAAAUAGGACGCAUCAUCGAGGGCAGCCCGGCCGACAGAUGUGGGAAGCUGAAGGUGGGCGACCGGAUCCUGGCGGUGAACGGACAGUCCAUUAUCAGCAUGCCGCAUGCAGACAUUGUCAAGCUCAUUAAAGAUGCUGGACUAACGGUCACUCUGCACAUCAUACCAGAGGAGAGCUCCCAUUCUGGUCCUAGUUCAGAGAAGCAGAGCCCCAUGACCCAGAAACACAGCCCGCAGACCCAGCCCAGUCCUGUAGCCCAGACAAGCCAAGGAGGCACGCAGUCUGGCCAAAUGGCCGCUCAGCCAGGCCAAGCGGCCACUCAGCCAGGUCAAGCACCCGGCCAGACACCAGUCCAACCCGGCCAGACACCAGCUCAGACAAACCAAGCGGUGACUGGUCCUCCUGCACCAGCAGGAACCCAGCAGAGCCCAGUCACGCAGCCAUCUGGCCCCCAUCCACAGCUCUACCUCCACGAUGGCAGGUCAGAGGUAAAAGCAAGACAGGAUGUCAAACCUGACUUCCGCCAUCCUCCAUUCACUGACUACCGGCAACCGCCGGUAGAUUACCGUCAUCCACCAGUGACUGAUUAUCGCCAGCCACCAACACUGGACUACAGACACCCACCUGGUCUGCUGGAUUUUAGACAGCACCCUGCAGCUGCACAGUUCCCUCUAGGGAUCCCAGCUGACUUCAGACCACAGGACUAUGAUUACUUUACAGUGGAGCUCGAGAAAAGCGCUAAAGGUUUUGGCUUCAGUAUUCGAGGAGGCAGAGAGUACAAGAUGGACCUGUUUGUGUUGCGCCUUGCAGAGGAUGGUCCUGCUAUACGAAAUGGAAGGAUGAGGGUUGGAGAUCAGAUCAUAGAGAUUAACGGGGACAGCACCAGGGACAUGACUCACGCCCGCGCCAUUGAACUCAUCAAAGCGGGAGGCAGGCGGGUCAGGCUGCUGCUAAAGAGAGGCACAGGACAGGUGCCAGAAUAUGACUGUGCCGGCCCCUGGGAUUCCCUUUCUACAGCCCACUCUGCCCUGCAGGAAGUGACCCUGGAAGCUCACCUGAAUCCAUUGCUUUCAUCCCAUCCAUUGUCAGCCCCAGAUUCCCCUCAUCAGCUCCCUCUAGAGGCCACAGUGUGCAUGGCAGACAAAGCUCCAAAGCUGACAGACCACAGCUCCAUUAGAGGGGCUGCAGGUGGCAGGUCCACCGAGCAGAAAUGCAUCAUCAGGGGGCAGGGAACCCCUCAGGGGUCGGGAGAGAUGGACUGUGGACCGGGCGACAGACAGCUUCGUGCUUUGCCUUCCAAAGUUGUUGUGGGAAGGUGCAUUGACAGAAGAGAGAGGCAAAGGGAGACUUGCUCCCCCUGCUGUGAGAGAAAGGGUCUGCAUACACAGGCGUUAAGCACUAUCUGGCCCUGGGACCCAUUUGCUGGUGUGAAUUUGAACGGAGCCUCUCAGGGCAGUGGAGAUGGACAUAUCAGCCUCCAGGAGAGGCUGGUGUCCCGAGGUCUGUUCUCCAGGGAAGAUGAGCGGGCCGGUGGCCACAUUGGGCUGUACUGCCCCUCCAAAAACGUGGAAGAUCCUCCAGCAAGGAGUGCUGCUGCCUCCCCGAGGCCCUGGAAUGUCCCUGGGUCUGACAAACUGCCUGGCACCCUGAGGUCCUGGACCUCCACAGUAAGCAGGUAGAAGGGAUCUUACUGGUUUGGGCCGAGUCACACUGUAUGGCUCCUCAUUCGGUUCACCACUGGACCUUUCAGAGAACCAGUAGAUCUCCCUUGCCGCCUCUGUCUGCCCUGUUUUCAUCGCCAUCGACUUCUGAGAUCAUGUUUUAUAUUUCAGUUGUUGUUACAAGAUGAUUAUUACACCCACCACCUUAAAGACAAAGAAACUUACACAGCUAUUGUAACAUAUGGUCUAAACCUUUGGGGACCCUUUUAUGCGACUUCUGAUUUUCUGAUCACAGAUGGAGCAAUGACGCCUGACUCUGAGUGGAGCUGUGCUUUCGAUACGUACCUUUAAAUGCUCGACUGUAUCUGGUUCAGACUGUUUAGUGCAGCGUGGGCUCACACAAGGAAGAGAAACAUAUGUAGAACCAGGAGAUUUCUGUUUUCUUGCCCUGUUUUCUCUGCGCAGUGGGAUGAACCAGACUACAGAUGUGUCAGUUGGAAGCAGUGACACUGAAACUCCUGGAACACACGGCACUGACCCCAACGACGGCCCAGUUAACCCGACAUAUGUUAAAUCGCACAUGCCUACCAAUAUAUCUCAUACUAUAAAUGUAAAGAUGUGAAAAAUAUGUACAUUUGGUAAACUCAGAAACAUACCUAUUAGUGUUUUUGAGGCAGUGUUGUAGUUAGACACAUUGUUUAAAAAAACAAACAAACAAACAAAAAAAGAAGCAGGACAGUAUUUUAGGAUCACUGUUUCCACGGCCUCGUCUAUAAACUACAUAUCAAAGACUGUGCGAGUCACCACACCCAGACCGCCAAUGCAGGCGGCGUUUGUGUGCAUGGAUAUACACCACCAUGUCUUUAGACAGGGACUCGCGUCUUUUAAAGGCAGAAAAUCAAGAUGUGGAGCAGACCGGUCGGCACUCAUGAGACGAAAAGGAUUGUUUUUUCCCACAAAAUUGAACAAAAUUGAACUUUUGUGUAACUGAAGACAGUUGGCUUAGUAAGAACUCAUGAUACUCUUCUGAGUUAUGUACACAACUUGAUCACAGUCAACCAUGCAGUCAUUGUGCAGAAUUAUAAGCUGUGUUGUAUUCAUUUUAAUGAUCAAAAGGAAAAAUUUGUCCAGUCUCUAUUUCCCAUUUCUAUGCCUUUUACUGUGCUAAGUGUACCACAUCACUGUGGGAGAGGGGCAUCGGUGCGGGGAAGAGGAGGCCGAUGGUUAUGAGGUGGGGCAGAGUGCCUUACUCGAACUAAUGCAGAGCUGUUGCCGUUGUGAAGUAUUUUGGGAACUGAAUGCAAAACAGAUAUCAGCAACCAUGCACACACGUCAGCAAACCGCUGAGUUGUGAAAUCCGUCUUUCGUCGGACACCAAGCAGUAUAUAUCUUGAUGCACUUGGCUGCAUAGCUUAUCAGUGUCAAUGAUUGCCCUUUGUCCCCUUGUGUUUUAAAGGGGAUAACAUGUAGUCUGUAGCAUCACAUCCUCUUCUUAGAGUCGUCUGGGAGGGUAGAGCUGUGAACGUUUAUCGAGACAGGGCUGUAUCAAAGAGGACCACGGUUUCUGUGUUUCAGCUUAACGUUAAGUUUGUAUCGUUGCCCGCAAAUUUCACAUCUGUGAAACAUACAUGCAUUUAAAUAUGACGUCACUGUCCUCCUACAUUUCUCCAUUUCGAUGUCAUCCAUUUUUCUCAGCGGGAUGUGUGCUCUUUAUUAAAGAUUUAUCACUAAAGCUUUCGAGUACUGGAGGACCAGAUUAAUUAAAAAAGAAAAAAAGAUUGCGACUGUUUAACUGAAUGCAACAUGAUGGUACAUCCAAGCUGUGCUUGUAAGCUGCUGGGAAAGCCAGGCGCCUGCAGACUGGGAUACUAGUAAGACCUUGUGCAAUGAGAGUCAUCGGGCCUGAUCCUGAUCCGCGGUGGAUUCUGACUGAGCUGUGUGUUCUGUGAUUAAAAUGGUUGUGAAAACACGCAGUAGGCUGUAGAAACGUGUUUGCCGUAUGUACAAAUGUCAAAGUUAGGAAAAGGUGAAAGAAUACGUCAUCCAGCCCUCUGUCUCCAUCCAGGCCACCCCCACCCCCACCCCUUGCCUGCUGUGACCGAUUUUUGUAUGAAGAAACAAAAAAAAAUCUGCUUAUCAGAACCUGUGAAGGAUGGCACGCUCAUAAACCCCCACUGAGAUCAAGUAUAACUGUGUAGUGUUAAUUGUGUACUAUUCACCUUGUACAGCUGUAUUCCUACAAAUAUGGUUUACUGUAUCAUUGAUACUGUAGUUUCAAAGACGUGAACAACUAUUUUUAUGAAAUGCGACAGUACUGAUAUAUUACAUUUUGCUAAAAAACAAAACUUGUUUACUGAAAGAUAUUCUGAAAUACUGUCAAAUAAACUCUUGACAUGGUGUAAAAUA